CUGGAGCACGCUGAGCACACUCUUACUCAACAUGUCGGUCUCACACCUCCAAAGGACACACUGUCCCCAUCCUCCCCUUGCGCAAGGCUGAGGCUCUGCGUGGCACCCGUGGGUGGCCGACUCUCCACGGUCCCCUCUCAGGGGACCGAGUCCCACAGGUGCGGGCGACCCUGCGCGCCUGCGCAGUGCUACCCUCACGCAGGCGGGCCUCAACCUCGCUAGGCCUCAGUUUUCCUGCCCAUUAAGUGGGAAGGACUGCGUUCUCCUACGGGCUCGGUUCACUGGCCUUACACCCAGGGGCGGGAUGGGGCGUGGCCUCCCGGCCCAGGCUCCACCCCCAGGCCCGCUUCCUCCCUGAGGCGGGAGGGGGACCCUGUCGUCCCGCUGUGCGCGGGCAGCCCCCGGCCGCCGCGCAAUGUCCGCCGGCUGGUUCCGGCGCCACUUCCUAUCGGGGGGUCCACUUCCAGAGCCGCGGCCACCUGGGCCGCGCUCCAGCCCGGUGCCCUAUCACCGGCCCCGCUUCCUGCGAGGCUCCAGCCCCGGCGCCACCGACGCCUCCCGCCGCCCGGAUGCCCGGCCGGUGCGCAGCCCAGCGCGGGGCCGCACGCUGCCUUGGAACGCAGGCUACGCCGAGAUUAUCAAUGCAGAGAAAUCUGAAUUCAAUGAGGACCAGGCCGCCUGUGGGAAGCUGUGCAUCCGGCGAUGUGAGUUUGGGAUUGAGGAAGAUCAAGAGUGGCUGACGGUGUGCCCGGAGGAGUUCCUGACAGGUCACUACUGGGCACUGUUUGAUGGGCACGGUGGACCUGCCGCAGCCAUUUUGGCUGCCAACACCCUGCACUCUUGCCUGCGCCGGCAGCUGGAGGCUGUGGUAGAAGGCAUGAUGGCCACUCGGCCCCCCAUGAAUCUCAGUGGCCGCUGUGUCUGCUCCAGUGACCCCCAGUUUGUGGAGGAAAAGGGCAUCCGGGCAGAAGACUUGGUGAUUGGGGCCCUGGAGAGCGCCUUCCAGGAAUGUGAUGAUGUGAUUGGGAGAGAGCUGGAGGCCUCAGGCCAGGUGGGUGGCUGUACAGCCCUGGUGGCUGUAUCCCUGCAAGGGAAGCUGUAUGUGGCCAAUGCUGGGGAUAGCAGGGCCAUCUUAGUGCGGAGAGAUGAGGUACGGCUGCUGAGUUCCGAGUUCACCCCAGAAACAGAGCGGCAGCGGAUCCAGCAGCUGGCCUUCAUCUACCCCGAGCUUCUGGCUGGUGAGUUCACCCGACUGGAGUUUCCACGGCGGCUGAAGGGGGAUGACUUGGGGCAGAAGGUUUUGUUCAGGGACCAUCACAUGAGUGGCUGGAGCUACAAACAGGUGGAAAAGUCCGAUCUCAAGUACCCACUGAUUCAUGGACAGGGUAGGCAGGCUCGGUUACUGGGAACACUGGCUGUCUCCCGAGGCCUGGGAGACCAUCAGCUCACAGUUCUGGACACCAAUAUACAGCUCAAGCCCUUCUUGCUCUCCAUCCCACAGGUGACUGUGCUGGAUAUGGACCAGCUGGUACCGAAGGAAGACGAUGUGGUUGUCAUGGCAACUGAUGGGCUCUGGGAUGUCCUGUCCAAUGAGCAGGUGGCACGGCUUGUGCGGAGCUUCCUCUCUGGGAACCGAGGGGACCCACACAGGUUUUCAGAGCUGGCCAAAGUGCUGAUACACAACACACAGGGGAAGGACGAUGGUGCCACCGGAGAAGGGCAGGUGUCCUAUGAUGACAUCUCUGUGUUCGUGAUCCCUUUGCACAGCCACGGCCAAGGGGGCAGUGGCCACUGAGGAUUCAGAUACUGCAUUCUAGAGACUCUUCAGGACCAAUACAGUCUGGGCAUAUGUCCACUGUGGCCAAGAGCAUGCCAAAUGCUUUUGCUUUCUGCAUCAACUUAUUUGGAAGGGAGCAGUGGAUAAAGAGCCCAGGUCCCACCUUCUGCAGUGGUGACAUCCCUCUGGCAGAGGUCCUUCACAACAUGUGGUAUCCACACCGACUCCUCAGCAGCCUAAAGGGUUAAGGGCACUAAGAAGCCUUGGGGAGCAAGGCAGCUCAUUUGGUUUCAACCCAUAAAUGUUCAGUCCCUGCAUUUAAUCAACAAUCCACACAAGGGGCCUUGCUGGAACCUCUGAGCAGCCUUACAGCUGCUUAAUCUAAGAUUAAAGCUACCUUAAAUUUUUUCUUUUCUUAAAGUUAGAGGUCUUGAUUAUGUGGCUCUGGAUGUCCUGGAACUUGCUAUGUAGCCUAGGCUGGCCUCAAACUCGCAGAGAUCACCUGCCUUUGCUUCCUGAGAACUGGGAUUAAGAGUGUGCCACAACACCUGGCUGGAUCAACCAUCUUGAAGACAGCUCCUGAGACCAGUUCAGAUCCUACCCUCCUCUGUCUGUGCUUUGAAGGGCACAGGUCACACACAGAUAGUUAGGAGAGUAAAAAAGGUGUGUGAGAAGCCUCCAGCAUUGGCUGGGCUGAUGGUCACUACCUGGAGCCUGGUUGCUUUCCCCAGUCCCAGGCUUGCCUUACACACCAAGGGACCUCGUGCCAAGUACAAACACUGCUCAGCCAGCCAGUUCUCUUGUUUCCAACCUUCUGUUUUUAGUUGCCUAGUGUUGUCCCAACCCACUCUGGUCCCUCCUGUCCACUCUACUCUCCCCUCCCUCCAAAGAUUCACUCACCUGCUAUCCUACAUUGUCUGCAUUGUUCCUUCAGGGCACAGCUGACAUCCAUUAUUAAAUGUUUGUAUGUAAAAGA